AUGAAAUUCGCAGUCACAGUAUUGUCAUUGAUCCUGUUUGCUUGCUCGGUCACUACAGCCAGUCCAGUCAAUCCCAGUUCGACUACAAGUGCUGAGUCUAGCACUUCAACCGUCAUUUCCACUGCAACUAAAAGUACUGAAUUUGAGUAUCGGAUAAUUUCUUAUCAAGAAGCUACAAAUUUAGUUGAUAUUAGUCAACUUUCAGAGAGUGAUGCGAGAUUGAUUGAAAAAUAUCUGCAGGCAGAUCGAAAAUAUGAAGAGACUGUGAAAGCGUAUGGCUUGACCGAAUCUGAAAGGCUUGAUCAAGAAAAAUUGAUAGAUCAGCUGCUCAAAGAAUACUCAGGGCUGGCAGAUAAAUCCUGGAAAACCAAGAAUGAUCCAGUGUGUCAAAAAAAGAAAGAAGAUUUUAGAUUGAAGCUUAGGGAAGAGAGAGAAAAACUCAAAAUGCUUGAAGAAAAGCGUCAGAAACUCGGCAACGAUUUUUUCGACAUUAAUUUUCAAUCGUAUUUCGACAGAAAAAAGCUCGCAAAGCGUCUGUUCCAGAAUGGUCCGAGUACAACAUCACUUUAUUCUUACACGAAAUUCCUGGGAUCAAAUCUCAGUUUUCUUGAAAACAUAUACGAGUCUCUCACUCUUCAACUAAACCAGCAGUCAGAAUCCAAGCAAGCCUCUACUAGCGAGACCCAGAAUCAAUCACAACAUCAUGAAAGUCCGUCCCCAUCAUCAAGCGAAACGUCUGCAGUCCAACCCACUCAACCAUCAUCCAACACACAGGCAACUUUUUUCAGCACAAAAAGAGCUUCCAAAUCUUCUGGAUCUUUUCGUUUACGGCAAGCUUAUUCCAAAUUUAAAAAUCAGCUCGGAUCACGCAGGAAUCGACCCAAAAAUGAUGAUUCAUCCGAUUGA